AUGGCUGUCGCAGACACGAGCAAGCGGAUAGCGGAGGCGCAGAAGUUGGCCAAGUCGGAACCUACGCAGGCGGAACAGAUCUACAAAGAGGUGCUGGCUGCAGACCCGGGCUCGAAUGAGACUGCCAUCAAGAACUACGAAACUGCGCUCGUUGGUCUCGGAGAACUGUACCGCGACCAGAAGCGGGUGGAUGCCCUUGCAGAGCUCAUCCAGCAGGCGCGAUCGGUGCUGUCAUCGUUUGCGAAAGCGAAGACCUCGAAGCUUGUACGACAGCUCCUCGAGCUCUUCACCGCCAUCCCGAACACCACCGACACACAAAUCGCCGUCACCAAGUCAUGUAUAGAAUGGGCCGUAUCAGAGCGGAGAGGUUUUCUGCGGCAAAACCUUGAGACACGGCUCGUCUCUCUGUACAUGGCGAAGCAGUCGUACUACGAGGCCCUGACUCUCAUCAACAGCUUGCUGAAGGAGUUGAAGCGUUUGGAUGACAAGCUGGUCCUGGUGGAGGUGCAGCUGUUGGAGUCAAGAGUUUAUCACGCGUUGGGCAACAUACCAAAGGGACGCGCCGCCCUGACCUCCGCACGAACGUCGGCCGCAUCGGUCUAUACCCCGCCGUUACUCCAAGCCGGCCUGGACAUGCAGAGUGGCAUGCUACAUGCCGAGGAUGGCGACUUCAACACAGCCUUCUCGUACUUCAUCGAGGCUAUGGAGGGCUACCAUUCGCAGGACGAGGAGCAGAAGGCGACGUCAGCGUUGCAAUACAUGCUCCUUUGCAAGGUCAUGCUCAACCUGGGCGAUGACGUGUCGUCGCUCAUGACCUCGAAGCACGCAAUCAAGUAUGCGGGGAAGCGGCUGGAGGCCAUGAAGGCCGUAGCGCGAGCGCAUACGAACCGCAGUUUGGAGGAGUAUGAAACAGCCUUGACAGACUACCGUCAGCAGCUUGGUAGCGAUCGCUUCAUCACAAGCCAUCUUCGGCGGCUAUAUGACAACAUGUUGGAGCAGAACCUUAUCAAGGUGAUCGAGCCCUUUAGCAGAGUGGAGAUCGACCAUGUGGCUAAGAUGGUUGGGUUGGACACGGUACAGGUGGAGCGCAAGCUGUCACAGAUGAUCCUCGACAAGGUCAUUAUCGGAGUCCUUGACCAGGGCGCCGGUUGCCUGAUCGUCUACGAUGAGUCCGAGCGCGACCAGGGCUACGAUGCUGCACUUGGAACCAUUGACAAGCUGAGCAACGUCGUCGAUGUGCUCUACGCCAACCAGGCAUCUCUACUUGAGUAGGCUUGAGCCAGUUGCACGAGAGAGAAGCUGUCACAUCCGCGGUACUUUAAGCUUCGUGUAGCACUCUGUACUAUAAUAGCAUAGAUAGCUUGGCAAACCCUAGCCAGCUUCAUGACGAAA